UUCCUGUUUUUGUUAGUCUUUGCAUCUUAAUAAUAGUAGUCGUACUAGCAAUACCAAUUUUUGAUGUACAAAACAGACGUGAUGAUGAUAUAUUUUUUGUGGAGCUCUUUUUGGAACUUAGCCUCAAGAAAUGAUGGUGCUGUCUACUUUUCUCUGUUGAAGACAGUGAGGCUUAGCUUUGUUGUUCAAUCCUGAUAUACACUGGUGCCGUGUUAACAGCCAUUAUGCCUUCUUUCUUAGAGGGUCCUUUUCCAUAUGGAAAAUCGAAUCUUUAAAAGCCUGUUAGACCCUUUUCAGUUUUCACCGAUCUUUUUCUCCUUUAACCUUUCCAGGUGUUGUGGGUCAGGGAGCAUUAAAUUGGUAAAGCGACUUAAAUCACCAUUUCAUUAUCUGGAUAGAAGGUAGUUAAGAUAUGCAGACCCCAAAAGCAAGGUAAAUUUAAUCCCCUUCUAUUCAUUUUGGCCCCCUCCCUUAAACUAACUGCUAUCUCAAACUGUUUCUGCAAUGUGAUCAAGUUGUUUUCCAUCUCAGGAUGAACUUUAGGAUGCUGAACGUAAAGUAGUCUGCGUUUAAAGUGAAUUUCUUCUGUCGAGUGAUUUCGAACUCAGCUUGUUCUGCUGAUUCUCUGCUUUUACUCUAAUUGUUUUCUGCUAGUUUUUGUUUUGUUUUUUAACCAGUAAGCUUCCUUUCUGGUUGUAUGACAUGCCGAAAAUCUAUUAGGGUAUGUAUGCUGGGAGUUUCAGGGGAUAUUUAGCCCUUGAAUGAUAGUUGCAUUAACAAGUUAUGGUGUUUUUGCUUGCUGAGUCUCGUUGUCAAACAAAUAGUUGCCGGUUGAGCUCUGCCAGUUGAUUUUGAUUGGUAAUUUGUCCUGUUUCUGUAUCUGGCUUGCUGCAAAUUUAGCAGAGACCUUAAACGCCAUUAAUCUUGUGGGCGCCAAACAACCUCUUCAAACCGUAUGGUCAUUUGAUUUUAUUCUCUUACUCUGAAAUAAUGGGACUCAAUUUUCAAUUAUGUAAUCAUGUACUAAGUAGUGAAAGGAAUUUGCAUUAUCUCUUCUAUUUACUAUUCUACUUUGAAGUUAGCUGCACCAACAAAAAUGAGACACUGAUUUUGGUUCUUUCCAACUCAUCUUGCAGUCUUUUUGGUGCACUGCACAUGCAACUAUCCAAUGAGCUUUUGCUAUUUCCCUUGGAUUAACUGUAUUUGAGCAUUAGUGCUGCAAUUCUCUAUCAGACAUUUACAUUCCGUACCUAAAAUUGCAUUUGUCACUACCAUUGUUCAGCUCCUGUUUUCAAAUUCUCAUCAAAUCACGAAACUUCAGGGUGCAGAUAAUGAAUGUUGUGGACAAUUCACCUCUAGAUACAGAAAAUCUAUAUAUUUACUAAGAUGCCAACUAGAACUUUCUUUUUUGCUGCAAUUUGCUUCUCAUCUUAUAACUCACCUACCAUGUUUUCUCAUUUAAUUAUUUUUGAAAAGUUUCUAGUCAUAUGCCAUUGAGAAUAUCAUUAGUUUUGGACUUGCCAGUUGAAGGAACUGCUGUGGAAGAUGUCCAAUUGCAUCUAUUUACUACCUCAUCUGAAAGCUAAAAGCAGUUACAGAUGAGAAUUCUUUAAGAACUCGUACACUCUUAACAACCUGGAAGAAUAUCAUGUUACUAUAAAGACUUCAUCUCCUAUUUUGCUCUGUUCUGCAAAAGAAUAGGUUUCAUGCAUAUAAAGAUACCUGAUUUGGUAAAUCUGAUAGUUAUUAAUCUCACUAUUGUUAUCUGGCUACCAUUCAGGAACGCUACAGGUGAAACACCUCAAAAGAUCUCCCCUCGUGUUGUUUCCUCUGAAGUGGCUUCAAAGCCAUCUCCUCGUUCUGUUUCUUCAGAUGUGCCCCUAAAGCUCUCUCCUCGAGUUGUUCGCCAACUUAAGACAGCUAGCCUGGAUUCUGAUUCUGCUACAUCUUCUUGCCGAGCAAGUAGGACACCAAAAGAUAGAAGCUGUAAAGUAGCUGAGAGAAAAUCACCCCGAAGCCCAGUGCCUGAGUUGCAGAAGAAGCAUCCAAGUAGGGUUGCUGAGCUGGAAUUUCAGAUUUCUCAACUUCAGAAUGACCUAAAGAGAGUGAAGGAUCAGCUAGUUUCCUCGGAAGCAUGGAAGAAGCAAGCUGAGCAAGAUGCUGAAGAAUCAAAGAAGCAGCUCUUAGAAAUGUCUUUAAAGCUCGAAAAGUCACGGGAACAAGUUUUAAAGAAGUCUGGUUCUGAGGAAGCACUUUUAAUUCAGCCCCAGAAGAUCACUGAAGAUCAGGAUUCGCUAUUGCAGUCUCAGCUUGAGGCUAUAAAGAAGCAGCACUCACUUGACUCAGCUGCAUUGGCAUCUGCCGUGAAUGAGAUUAAGGAACUCAAGAUCCAGCUAGAAUCUGUAGCUGAAUCUGAGGCUGCCCGGACGAAGCACGCAGAACUGUCACAAAUUGAGCUUAAUAGCUUGAAGCAAAACCUGACAGAAACUCUUGCUGUCAUGGAAGACAUGAAAAAUGAGCUAAAAGACUGCAAAGAAUCAGAAGCUCAGGCUCGAGUACUUGUAGGUGAGACACUGAUGCAAUUGGAAACAGCGAAAAGGACCGUUGAGUGCCUCAGGUCUGACGGUGUUAAAGCUGUUGAGGCAUUUGAUUCAAUAGCUUCAGAAUUGGAGCAGUCAAGGGCUCGUAUAAACUUGUUGGAGGGGAUUGUCAGUGAACUGAAAGCUGACACCAAAAUUGUAGAUGGUUAUGGUUCCCAAACUGCAGGUGAUCAGGAAAUCACAUUUGGGACUGAAGAAAAAGCAAACCUUGGGAACUCAAAUGAAGGAGAACUAAAUUCUCUUAAAUCUGAAGUGGAACAACUAAAGUCUGCUCUAGAAGCAUCUGAGAUCCGAUACAGUGAAGAGCAAAGUCGAAAUGCUGCAGAGAUCAAAAGUGCUUAUAAAUUGGUUGAACAAAUUAAAUCUUCCUCCAUUGACAAAGAGGCUGAACUUGAAGCGGAGCUCCAGAAAACAAUAGCUGAAGUUGAAGAGUUGAAGGCAGAUCUUAUGGAUAAAGAAACUGAAUUGCAGGGUAUUUGUCAGGAGAAUGAGGAUCUGAAUCUGAGGCUAGAGAACUUCCUGUCUAGCCGCACUAGUUAUGAACUUGAAAAGGAGAUCCAGAAAGCAAUGGAAAGUAUUGAACACUUGAAGGCAAAUUUGAUGGAUAAAGAGACAGAACUGCAAAACAUUGUCGAAGAAAACGAAAUGUUGAAGACAGAGAUCAAGAAAAAGGAAAUUAACAAGGGGAAAGUGAAUGAUGAAAUUGUUGACGAACUUGAAUCUGCAAGAGCUGCAGAGCGUGAGGCUCUGAUGAAGCUGGGGUAUAUGACGGAGGAAGUCGACAAGAGUAACAGGAAGGUAGCACGAGUGUCUGAACAGCUGGAGGCAGCUCAAACUGCGAAUUCAGAGAUGGAAGCUGAGUUGAGAAGGUUCAAAGUGCAGUCUGACCAGUGGAGGAAGGCUGCAGAAGCAGCUGCUGCCAUGCUUUCAUCAGGAAACAACGGGAAGUUCAUGGACCGAACAGGAUCGAUGGACAGUAAGUAUAGUCCGAGGUCGGGGAGGAUUUCUUCACCUUAUUCUGAUGAUGGGGAUGAUGAUUUGCUGAAGAGGAAAAGUCCAAACAUGCUCAAGAAAAUUGGUGUCCUGUGGAGGAAGCCUCAGAAAUAGCAGCAUUGCGGGGCGUUUCUUGUUAACAAGUACUAGGAAUUGAAGCAGUAGCAUCUUUUGUAGUCUUGUUUGAACUAAUGUACGACCUAAAUUAGAUGAAAAAUCGAUUUCUUGACUCCAUGGAAUUCCUGGUCUGUCAGUCGUCUAUCUCCUUUAUAUCA